AUGCCGCUAAGCGAUGCUGCGGCCACUGUCUACACGGUGCUGGUUUGUAUCUUGCAUGCCGGAUGUCUCGGCCGCGGUUUCUAUCUGGCACUGACAAACUGGCGGCAAGUUUGCAGAGUAAUUCAGAAGACCUUCGCAGAGCUGCAUUGUUGCGCUCGAUUUCACUUGGAGGAGAAGUUUUUCAUGGAAACGAAGGCAACGGAGCUGCGGCUGCGUGUAGCGCAGAUAUACACUCAUUUGCUUCUGCUGGUUAGCGGACCCUUCAUUGCUUGGACCAUCUGGGUCCCAUGGCAGGGUCAGACAAUGAUGACAGAUGCUUUGCGCUGGGCCAUCUUGACAUUUUUUGCAGCCUCAACUUUACACUUUAUGAGGCCAGGCGUCCUCUCCACAAGCACUGCAAGUGCCUGCUAUCUGGGAGGGAUGGGGAUGGGCCUCGUGGUCAUCUAUGCAGCCAUGGAUGAACUCCGGUCACGCGAGUCUGCAGCUGCCGCAGACGUGCAUGAAGCGGCCAUUGUGCCUCUGAUUUUUGCUUUCUUCUUCCGGGUUCCCGGAGUCUGUAUGACGGGCCGUCUCUGGCUAAUUGUUGUUUGCAACAUUGCGCUUUCGGUGGUGACUCUGGCUGUGUCGCCGCUUCCCUCUGCGGCCCUAGAACUCAUGAUCAGUCUUUUCACCUUUGCAGUGGCCUUUGUCCUGCAAGUCGCCCUCAUGAAGGCUGUGGAAAGGGAGAUGAGCUUCAGCGAGGCAGCCACAGACCUCCAAGCCGCCACAGCUCUCUUGCAGCUGACUUGCGACGCAGUGAUAGAGCUCGAUGCGACCCUCCGCCUGGUGGAACACUCCGACGACUUAGCAGCGAUCCUGCUCCGUCCCGGACUGUCGCUGGCAGGCACGAAAUUUGAAGACUUGCUGGCAGGCCCUGAGGAGCGGCGAGCAGCACUCCAGCUACUGCGCCAACCUCGCACCUCGGGCGUGUCGUCGAGUAUUGUGGCGCAAGCCUUUCGGACACGCCUCGUGGACAGCUGCGCCAGCAAGUUCAGCUGUGAAUCCUUUCACGUGAAGUACCAAAAGCCAGAUGGCAAGACGUGCCACCUUGUCGGUUUGCGGGACGUCACCGACCAAGAGUCGCUGGCAAGGCCGCCAACAAAUCCGCAGGACGUGAGAGAGGUGGACCAUCCAGGCAAGUCCAGCAAAGCCAGCGAGCCUCCGGACAAGACGCCACAGAGAAUAAUCUGCCUCCAGCUGGAUCUGGCAGCUUGGGUUGUGGAGUGCGCGUCAAUUCCGGCGGCCAACUUGGUUGGAAUGCCUCUUGCGGCGCUGUUUCCCAAUACAGGGACAGAGCUCCUGCGCGAAGUUCUCGAGGCUGCCCGCCACGUCGACCCUACGGCAGAGCCGAGCCUGUUCAGCUUCGCCCAAGUUGCUGUCCAGUGGGCACCGAACCAACUCGAUUACAUUGAUGGGACCAUCGAAAUCCUGCACUCACAACUGGGCGCCCUCAAGCUUCUGCUUCAUUGCACUGGCUCUGCCGCGGCCCAACCAGGCGUCGGGAGCGUGGCCGCAGACAGGUCCCAGACUCUGCGGGAGGGCAAGCUGAUGAGCAUCCUUCCAGGAAGCGCAGAGGCUGACGAGCUCUUGUGA